AUGCACGGUCAAAGCGACCAGUACGUCCGCAUGCACGGUCAAAGCGCCCGUCUUGAUCUUGACGAGAAUGUCUUCUGCGUAAGCCUCGACAACCGACUGAACCGGAUGUGGCUGGAUCCCCUUGACAGCUUCAAUGCCUAUAUCCGGGGCACUUUGCGCGAGAACGUGAUCACGCAGAUUGGCAAGGAGCCUGGCUCGUUCCCCGAUCCUGAGAAGAAUGGCUCGGUGAGCCAAUACAUGAUCGUUCAAGCCAUCGGCUGGGUGCUGUGCAUCGUGUUGGCCUUCCCGCUGACCUAUCCCACCUUGCUGCAGAUGCUGAAGUGCGCGUUGUCCAGUGGCUGUCCGGGUCCGGUGCAGCGCUUUCUUGCGUUUCUCUGCUGCCCGCUGGCUUAUGUCUACUGCUACAUUUGCGGGAGCUUCAUUUGGGCAUCGUUGGUUUCGCUGGUGCAGACCUACUCUCCUUUGCAGCUCCUGGUUUUCAUAUUGAUCAUGACCUUGCUGGUUGCUCAGGCAG